AUGGCAGCUACUUUAUCGGCGGAGGAAGAACAGGCUACCAGGCAGUUUCUGGAGGAAAUCAACAAGUGGACCAGUCAGCAUGGAGUGUCACCGCUGUCCAGGGAAUUGGCCGUCAAGUUCCUCAUGGCUCGAAAGUUUGACGUCCUCCGAGCCAUCGAGCUAUUCCACAGCUACAGGGAAACGCGUCUAAAAGAAGGAAUCGUCAGACUUCAGCCUCAGGAAGAACCUCUGCGCUCGGAGCUGCUCAGUGGAAAGUUCACUGUGUUGAGUGUGCGGGAUCCUUCGGGGGCCUCCAUUGCCUUGUACACGGCCAAACUUCAUCACCCAAACAAGACGGGCAACCAUGUGGUGCUUCAGGCCCUCUUCUACCUCCUGGAUCGGGCUGUGGAGAGCUUUGAGACCCAGAGGAAUGGCUUGGUGUUUAUCUAUGACAUGGCGGGCUCCAACUACACAAACUUUGAGCUGGACCUGAGCAAAAAGAUCCUCAACCUUCUCAAGGGGGCGUUCCCUGCCAGGCUGAAGAAGGUGCUGAUUGUUGGGGCCCCUGUGUGGUUUCGAGUGCCGUACAAUCUGCUCAGCCUGCUUCUCAAGGAGAAACUUAGGGAGAGGGUUCAGAUGGUGAAAAUGGCGGAGCUGCGUCAACACCUCCCCAGAGACUGUCUCCCCCAGCACCUCGGCGGUCUGCUGCCUCUGGAGUCAUACAGCUGGAACCAGCAGCUACUAGUGGGCCAGAACGGACGGGUAGACCCAGUGGACGAGCUGGUGGGCAUCCCUAUGGAAGACUCUUCCAUUCACGUCCCCGGACCCGAGUCCAUGCGCCCACAGGAGCUGCUGACGCACCUCGGGAAGCUUCAGCGCUCAGGCAUCCAUCAAGAGUAUGAGGAGCUCCGCAAAGAACCGCCGCCUGGAACCUUCCAUUGUGCACAAUCAGCUUACAAUCAGGAGAGGAACCGCUAUGGAGACGUGUUGUGCCUUGAUCAAACAAGAGUUCGUUUGAAAGCCAGAAGGAACGAGAGAUCAGACUACAUAAAUGCGAGCUUCAUGGACGGCUACAAACAGAGGAAUGCAUACAUUGGUACUCAAGGACCACUGGAAAAGACCUAUAGUGAUUUCUGGAGAAUGGUCUGGGAGCAAAACGUGCUUGUUAUCGUCAUGACAACCAGGACAGACGAGGGCAGUCGGAGGAAGUGUGGACAGUAUUGGCCUCUGGAGGAAGGGGGACAGGAGGUCUAUGGCCACAUGGCAGUGGUUAACCAAAGGGUGGACAACCACACCCACUACAACCACACCACCCUCGAACUGCACAACACUGAGACAUGUGAACAGAGACAAGUGAGUCAUUUCCAGUACCUCAGCUGGCCGGACUAUGGCGUUCCCACCUCAGCAGUGACUCUCAUUGACUUCCUGGGAGCUGUAAAGAGACAACAGAGGACAAUGGUGAAAGCUUUGGGACUUCAAUGGGCAGGCCACCCACAGGGACCCCCAAUGGUAGUCCACUGCAGUGCAGGGAUUGGGAGAACAGGUACCUUCUGUGCCCUGGACAUCUGUCUGUCCCAGUUACAGGACGUAGGCUCACUAAAUGUAUGCCAGACAGUGCGACGCAUGAGAACACAGAGGGCCUUCAGCAUUCAAACCCCGGACCAGUACUACUUCUGCUACAAUGCCAUUUUGGAGCACGCCCAAAGGCAGGGCCUGCUCCCAGCCAAUCAGUGAGCUUCAGCCAUGACUUUACCAAAUUAAUCCAUGAGCCCUGAGAUUUCCGCAGUCAGUCUGUUAACCCCAAGCUGUGUUGUGUGACCAAAUUGUGAGCCCAGGAAAGUUAUCUUCCUCACAGAAGCUGUCUUUUUAAAGUAGGCCAUCCUUUUGACAAGCAAGACUAAAACAAGACAGUGACAAAAAAAGGCUUCAGUGUUGACAUUAUGUUUCA